CAUCAUGAAGGAGGCGGGAUUUUAAUGAGUACGGGUGGGAAAGGAAUAACGCGUUUUGGUUUGUUUGGUUUUUGCAGCGUGUGGCGUGGGUCCUUCCGGGUUCAUGAUAUAGGUGGCUGUCAUAUUGCCUGUACAAAUCUCGUGUUCGUUGCUUUCUUUUGGGGUUUCUAAUCGUAUCCUCCCCCCUCAGAAAAUUUUCAUUUGCUAUCGGUUGAAGAAAAAAAAAUGUUUUUGUGCCUUUAAAAAAUAAAAAAUUCAGGUAAAAAAAUGUAACCCGCUACAAGACUAUUCACACGUUACUCUGUUGUAAACAUUCCACUGUUAGUAAGAAAUAUGCCCAAGGUCAGAUUUUUUAUAAAUUAAAUUUGUCUCACGAAGUUUAAACAAAAGAAAUAUUAAAUAUGACAUAAUCUUGCUGUAUGACGAGAUUAGCCAAUAAUAGAGCUAGUUGCGGGUUGCUAUGGGCUACGUUUGACCAAUAAGAGCGCGUGUUGUUGUGUAGCCGAGUUGAUGAGUGCGGCGUCAUUGGAUACCAGGUAAACACUGGGUGAUCAAAGUCAUUUUCCCCAUAUACCUGUGAUCUAAAAGCUUCAGGAUGACUGCAGGUUCCAUUGUGGCUCCAUUCAUAAUUCCCAUUCGGAUCCCAACUCCUGGAAAAGCCAAGCAUGAAAUAGACACCAAUACGCCCAUCGAGAUCAAGUCAGACACCCCUGAUGUGAGUAUUUUCUACACGCUGGAUAGCACUAAACCGGAGUUGGUGCGAAAGCCAGGGCUUGGGGUCAGCAGCACACUGAGAUACACUGAACCCAUUCGCUUACCCAGCGGCAAAGUGCACGUCAGGGCCAUGGCUGUGACCAGUGAUGGAAGACAGAGCGCCGUUGUUACGAAGGUCUUCGUCGUAGAUCACGUGCCCUCUGAGCUACAAGAACCGUCAGACAACAAUCAAGAGUACCCCAGAGAGGAUUUGGCGCAAAGUGACGAGGGGCUGAACAGUCCUGGAGACGCUUCUACAAAAUAUUUAGACGUUUCCGACAAAGAAGCACGGAGCACUCGAAAAAACAAAGGCCCCCGUUUUCUGUCUCAACGCUUACCGAGCGCACCUGUAGCCCCGCCCACAAAACGCCCACAGAGCGCAGGGGAUGGGGACGGCUUGCUGAAAAACCUCAACAGCACACAGAUCGCUCGCCUUCAGAGAGAAACAGACUUCCUCAGGUGCUUUAAGUGUUUGAGCCAUCGGCCCUCGGAUCCCUUCGCCCGAUUCUGCCUGCACUGCGGUGCUCCGGUGCCUCCUAUACCGGGACAGAGACUGCCCCCUACUGAGGGGGGACAGAUGAUCCUGUGUAUGCAGUGUAAGAGCAUGGUGCCGGUGAACACGUCCUCGUGUGUGGUGUGUGAGGCUCCUAUUUCCCCACAGCUUCAACCACAGGCCAGCCUGAGGCUGCAGGGCAAACUGAUCUGUCCAUCAUGCGGCACAGGAAACCCCGCCCACAUCACCUACUGCGUGACCUGUGAAACCAGAUUGUCUCAAGCCGACAGCCCGGUGUUGAGCGGACAGCGCGCUCCUCCUCUACCUUUGUCGGCAGGCAAGGCGGUCCCGUGCUCCAAAUGUAACCGAGCGAACCACUCGGACGCUCGAUUCUGCGACUGGUGCGGCGCCAAGUCGGGCCACGCGGCUAAGUGUCUGACCUGUUCUAAAUGCGGAGCUAGCAGUCACCCGUAUGCUAGCUUCUGCGGGAGCUGCGGCGUGUUCCUGGAAGGUCCGUCCCGAGGGUCCGCCUGUAGCGUGCAGCCGGGUGCACCAGAGGAUGCGCUGGAACCUGAGCAGAGCGCAUCUGCACGUCGUGCUCCGGCGGCGAGCACGGCGAGGCGUGUGGACGCGCAGACCCAGACCGCUGGCCUCUUCUACCCCUCCAGCGCUGACCUGCAGAAGCGGAGCCAGCAGAGAGAGGCGGAGCUUAGCAGGCAGGGGCAGAUGAGUGACAGGAAACCUUUACUCACAGCUGUCAGCCCUGGACGAGGAUUCUGGAGGAAACAGCUGGAUCACAUCUGCGCUCACCUUCGCAGUUACACGCAAAACAACAGCGAGUUCAGAGCACUGGUCGGAGAACCGCGGAUGGGCAGGCUGAUCUCUGCUGUGAUUGAAGAGGACAGCUACGAAGUCAGUCUGCGUGUUAACUUCAUCUUGGCGUCUCCAGACAGAUCCAGGUGUUCUCCAGCAGGGCAGCUGAACGGAUCGUCGUGUGAGAAACUCAACCUCAGCGAUGUUACGGAGGGGAGGACCAAGCUGACCUCCACGGCGUCUGGACCGAGUGCUAGGAACCGGAAGAAGAACUACGCUACAAUCACAGCUGAGCGACCACCUGCGUACAAAGACAGCUUGCUGCUGAAGGAGGUGGGGCUGGAGGGGCGGGGCCGAAUCGCAGUCCUGGAGCAGCUCUUGGACGAGGGUGCCAACCCGUCAUGCCUGGACGGCGACGAGCGUCCACCUUUGGUUGCCGUGGUACUAAACGGGCACUGCGAUGUCAUCCCGCUGCUGGUGCAGAAAGGUGCAGAUGUUGACCAGCGAUCAGGGCCGUCGAAUAACGGCGCCCUGCACGAGGCUGCGGCUUUGGGGACCAAGGGCUUGAGGAGCGCGGAGAUCCUGCUCGGAUGCAACGCAAGUUUGAGAAGACUGAACAACCACGGUCAGACGCCGUAUGAUGUGGCCGAAGCUUCGGGCUGCAGCUCGAUGCUCUCGCUAUUAGCGGCUCACGGGGGGACGGGGCGGGGCGGGCUUAACACCCGGAGUGCCUCCGGUCUCGACACGUUCUCCUAGGUAGACAGGAGUUCUCUCUCUCUCUCUCUCUGAGAUCAGACCUGAAUGAAUAUGGACUCGAGAAGAUCUGGGGGAGACGUCAUUACUGUUACAGUUACUGUCGAAGAGAUCAGAUUACCAUCAUCAUUUUAUCCAAUCAAAGUAGGAACGCAAAAAUUCCGUACAGCUGUGUAGGUGUGGUUUUUUUUUUUUUUUUUUUUUUAGCUCUCUGAUAUGAAUCGGCACGCCUGGAAGCCCCUCCCCUUUUCCCUACCUCGCUUUAGUAAUGUUUCGCUUAUAGAAGCGCCAUUAAUAAUGCCGUCGUACAGCAUGUGAGACCCGAUGGUCAUAAGGAAAUAAACCCGAAGAGACCCAUG